CGUAAUUAGCGUCGAGUACGUUCGUUUCCAAUUAAUUCUCUACGUAAUUACCGAAGCCAAACAACUAAAUAAAGAAGACGACAUCACCCGGAACGUGAGCAAGAGAGAUACGAACACAGCGAAGGCCAUUUUCCACAAAAUUCAAUUAAAUUUAAUCAGUUCUGUUCGUCGGGACCCGCACCACGAACGUCCGAAUCGAUAUUUAGUUCAGUUUUCAGGCGAGAGUACACUUUUGUAAUGUUAAUUUUUUUAGGCAGUAAUUAUAUUUGUUCUAAUUAGUGAUAAAAUUAAUAAUAACAUUAAAAAAAAAAAUGGAAGGCGAGGAUACGAAUCACACGUUUCAACGGAGAUUGGUGGAGGUUGUGCGUGAAACGCCGCAAAUCUGGGAUCGCAGUUGCCCGCUGUUUCGGAUCAAACAGGCGAAGGAGAAGGCAUGGGCUGAAAUCGCCGACCGAAUGGCCAUUUCAGUAAAUACCUGCAAAGACACGUUCAAAUCCCUACGAGAAAAAUACCUGCGGGAACGCGACAAAGCCCAACAGAACCAAUAUUGUCGGUGGGAGCUCCUGGAGGACCUUAAGUUCCUCGAUCCUCACAUUGUCACUAGGAGUUCCACCGGCCCCACCUCUUUUACCAACGGAGAUUUUAGCGAAGACGAACAAUCACUUAACUCAGAAAAUGAUCCUUUAGAGUUUGACCGACAAUUAAUUCGGAUGGUGAAAAAAGCGAACGCCAUUUGGGACAGGAAUUCAAACAUAUAUCCCAACAGAGGUUCUAAGACUCAACUUUGGGGAAACAUCAGUGCUGUCUUACAUAAAGACCCGAAUUCGUGCAUGUUAAGGUGGAAAGCGCUCAGGGAAAAAUAUAUAAGGCAAAAAGCAAAGUUUCACGAAGGCGAAGGUAAAUGGGAGCUUUUAGACGAUCUCUCCUUCCUAGACAGGGUGAUACAGUACCGAAGAAAACAGAGCGAGCUGUAUCCCCAGCUACCAGGCAGCUCGAACAGCUACAGCUACAUACAUUGCAACUUAGACGAGGAUAAUGACCACAGUUACACGGAUACUUCCAACGAUUUUAUAGCGAUGGUUAAAGAGGAAUCGACUACUGUGCAACAAAUGGCUGAUAGUUCUUAUGGCAGCAAAAGAUCGAGGGCGGUUUCUACAGAAAGUUACGGGGAGGAAAAACGAGUUAGGAUGGAGGGACCGGCGAAUGCACAAGGGGCGAAAACGCCCGAACAACUUUUUGGUGAUUUGGUGGCCAGUUUGUUGAUGAAGAAGCCGGAGAGUGAGCGAAAUAUGUAUAUGAUACAAGUGAUGACAGUAUUGUCCAAAUAGUGUUUAAAAGAAAUAAAUAUAAGGUUAUUUUAA